CAAUAUGUCGCUACCUCUGCUGGUCUUCCGUCGAGAUCGAUGGCGGAGAGAGCGAGGCAAGCCAAAAUUCCUCCACCUGAGGGACCCCUAAAGUGUCCACGAUGCGACUCCAGCAACACUAAGUUCUGUUACUACAACAACUAUAACCUCACUCAGCCUCGUCACUUCUGCAAAGGUUGCCGUCGCUACUGGACACAAGGCGGCGCCCUGAGAAACGUCCCUGUCGGUGGAGGCUGCCGGAGGAACAACAAGAAGGGCAAAAAUGGAAAUUCAAAAUCUUCUUCUUCUUCUUCCAAACAGUCUUCUUCCUCGGCCAACGUUCCAAGUCCUAGCUCAGGACAGCUAAGGACAAAUCAUCAGUUCCCGUUUUCACCAACUCUUUUCAAUCUCACUCAACUCGGAGGUAUUGGUUUGAACUUAGCCGCUACUAAUGGCAACAACCAAGCUCACCAAAUCGGUUCGAGUUUGAUGAACGAUCUAGGGUUUCUCCAUGUCGGAAAUGGACGAAAUACUUCAACUCCGAUGACAGGAAACAUUCAUGAAAACAACAACAACAACAUCAACGAAAACAACCUAAUGGCAUCCGCUGGAUCGUUGAGUCACUUUGCUCUCUUCGAUCCAACAACGGGGCUAUACGCUUUCCAGAACGAGGGUAAUAUCGGAAACAACGUUGGGAUAUCUGGUUCUCCUACUUCAAUGGCUGAUUCUAGGGUUUAUCAGACGCCUCCAGUAAAGAUGGAAGAGCAACCUAAUUUGGCUAACUUGUCUAGACCGGUCUCCGGUUUGACGUCUCCUGGGAAUCAAACAAAUCAGUUCUUUUGGCCCGGUUCGGAUUUCUCGGGUCCUUCUAAUGAUCUCUUGUGAGAUAAUAUGUUUGUCAGAUCAUUAACGUAUGUUACCACUUACGACGUGGAGAUUGAUUAAAAGGACUACGAACGG